CAACUGACAUCUGGAGCAAUUGUUUUGUUGUUGUUGUCAAUCAGUCAGUGUCUGUGUUUAGGGGCCAAUUUGGGGCUUUUCUGGAAAAAAUCGGGGCCCAACCAGUGCGGCGCCCCUUUGGAACGCCGCCCAGCCGCCCAGUGCACCUUAGCCAUGGCCGACUAUUGGAAAUCGCAGGAUCGCAAAUAUUGCGACUUUUGCAAGUGCUGGAUCGCCGACAACAAGCCGAGUCGCGACUUUCACGAGAACGGCAAACGGCACAAGGAGAAUGUGAAGAAGCGGCUGAAGACCAUCACCAAGGACAGCGCCAAGGCCUUCAAGGCCUCGGAAAAGGUGGAUGCGGCCAUCAAGGCGAUGGAGGUGGCGGCGCUGGACGCCUACAGACGGGAUGUGGAGCACAAUGCGACGGUGGACUUGACGUCGAUGGCCAUCCGCAAGCAGAUCGAGGAUGAGAAGCUGGAAAUUGUCAAAGUCUGGCACGAGGCGGUGACCAAAGACGGCAAAAGCUACUUCUGGAACACCAACACGAAUGAAACCGCCUGGGAGGCUCCAUCCGAAGGCUACCUGUCGCUGCUGCAGCAGAAGGCGCAGCAGAACCGCGCCACCGCCAAGCAGUUUCGCGAAGUUGAGAGCUACAACCGCAAGGAGGCGCUACUGAGGGCGCAGCAGGAGCAGCAGGAGGCGGCCGAAGAGAGCGCAAGAGCGGCGCGUGAGGAGCUGAAGAAGCGGCGCGUGGCGGAGGAGCCGCCGCCCCCCGUUUACGGCCCCAUUUUGGAGCCGGGCAAGAACGAUCCGUAUGGCAAGUGGCAUACGGUGCAGCCUGCGGCGCCRGUGGUGGAUUGGCAGCUGCCGCAGCAGCCCCACUUUGAGGGCCCCGUGGUGGAGGCGGAGCCCGAGCCGCAGGUCAAGGAAUUCAGGGAGAAAACGCUCGACAUGCUGGAGGAAGGCGUGGGGGAGAGUGGCGGGUUUAAGAGGCGCAAAAUCCAGGGGGGGCCCAAGCGCAACAUGCGCCAGCGGCUGGAGGACGACUAAGGUUUGGACCCGAUUUGUUGGGGUUGGACAAAGUGGCGAAUGCGCCCAACUGAGUUUUGGGGUUGUAACUGUGGGAAGGAAACAGAAGGCUGAAUUAACA